AUGAGUGAAGCGUGGAAGAAAGCGGACGUGGUCGCCGCGGGCGACGUCUCUGUCAAACUCCCGCAAGGAAUGCGACGCUAUGUGACGGCGUUCCUGUGUCUUUGUGUUUCUACUAUUUGCUACGCCGACCGCACCAACAUGGGCAUCGCGUUGCCAGCAUUUGUGACCAAUAAGAAGGAGCAGGGCGAAGUGCUGUCCGCCUUCUUCUAUGGCUAUAUGUGCACUCAGAUCCCUGGAGGGUAUUUCGCUGCUAAAUUUGGUGCCAAGAUUGUGCUUUUGACGGGAGUGAUCGUCUGGACACUGUUCGAUUUGUCGACUGUUCUGGUGGCCAAAUGCCUCACGUGUCUGUUCUUCACACGGGCAGGUAUGGGACUCGGAGAGGGUAUUUUAUUCCCGUGUAUGCACCAAAUUGCCGGUGCCUGGUAUCCAGUCCAGGAGCGAAGUCGCCUGGUGUCACUAGUAGCAAGUGGCUCGGAUCUGGGCACCAUCUCCGCAUUGAUGAUCUCACCCGCCAUCAUGGCAGCUAGUGGCUGGCAACGUAUUUUCGUCGUCUUCGGCGUGUUGAGCUUCAUUUGGGUCGUCGCGUACGUGAUCAUGGGAGUGAGUCGACCGGAAGACGACCCUCACAUCACCAAUGAGGAACGCAACUUCAUCAUCCGUAACCGUACAGUCGACCCAGAGACUCAUCGUCGUCAGAGUUCGCGUGCUGAACUAGACACACACGCAAUGAACUGGCGUGUGCUACUAACCUCACGACCGGCGUGGGCGAUCUACGUUGCGCACAUGUGCUACAACUACAGCUGGUACAUUUUGCUGGGCUGGAUCCCGCAAUACUUCAACCAAGUAUUGAACCUCGACUUGGCCAAAAAAGGAGGGUUUGCUGCUGCACUUCCUUACAUGUGCGGCUACACCGGCACACUUCUAUUCGGCCGACUGGGAGAUCUAUUGGUCACUCGUGGGUUCCGUGAACUGCACGUCCGCCAGAUGAUGAACGCGUUCUCUUUCCUCGGAUGCGCCUUCUUCCUCUUCUCGCUACGCCUCGCAAAGUCUGCUCCCGUGGCUGUAGCCUUACUGUGUCUAACGCUGUUCACGAGUCGUGCUGCUAUGGCUGGAUACUGGGUCAACAUGAUCGAUGUGGCGCCCAACCACGCUGCACAUGUGAUGGGGGUCUCGAAUACCUUUGGAACUAUCCCCGGUAUCAUCGGAAAUGUGGUCACUGGCGCAAUACUCGAUGCUUCUGGAUCGUGGGACCUCGUGUUCGCCAUCGCUGCACUUGUGCUCGUCUUUGGUGCUGUGGUUUUCCAUUGUUUCGCCUCGGAUAAGUCCAUCUACGCGCAGUCUGGCAGCAGUUACGGAGAAGGAUACAGCAGUACCAGCACCACAUCAAGCAGCUUCCCUGGUAGCCCCAACUAUGGCUUGUCGCUUUCUACUUCGAUCCCCGAACUUCGAGACGAAGAGGAGAGUCUGCUGGAGAACCCAAUGUGA